AUGUAAAUUCAAUCAUUCGAUGAAUUGGCGACAGAGAAAGAAAUCAAAUUAUUCGGAAAGACCACAUCAUAGAAAUUCUAACGUCUUAAAAUUAUCAUUAUCGGACUGUCUAGUGUAAUUAAUAACUACAAUCCUAGCUUGGAUUAGAGAUUGCCAAACAUAUUUCUACAUAAUAACCUGAAUUGAUAACACUUUGUGAUACAUAAUUAUAAAGACUAAAAUAAUGUGAACUACUCUUAAAAAUAAAUAAUGUAACAUAAAUAGAAACAUUGGAAAUGUCUUACAAGGACAAUGAAAUCUUAUCAAAAAUAGAAAAGCAUGAUUUAACAAUAAUUUGUGAUAUUUAAUCCCUUAAAUUUGCAAUAGCUGUAAGUGAACAUCUCCGUUAAAAUGCAUCUAAAAAUUAAAAGAAUAAUAAAGGAGUUAUUUGGACAUGUACAUUUGGAUUCAUUUGUCUUAAAUUUUCAGAUUUUGGAUAAGGAUUCAAAGUCUUUGAUAGAGAUGGAGUUUAACCAUUCCCAUAUCAUAUUAUUGACAUUACUAAUUCUAAUCCAGGAAUAGUCAAAAUUCACAACUCCAUUCCACAUAACUAUAAAACGGGUGAUUUUGUAAGAAUUAGUAAUGUUGAAGGUAUGACAUAAGUAAAUGGACCAGAAGCACGUCCCAUUAAAAUAAUAUCUCCAACUGAAUUUUCUAUUGAACAUACAUAACAUUAUAAUAAAUAUUUGGCAGGUGGAUUAGUUUAAUUAACUAAAGUACCUUUCAAGUACCAAUUUCAAAAGCUUUCUGAUACUAUAUACAAUCCUAACUCACUUAAAACAAAUGAGGAUAAAAUUGUAUACAGUACUGUAAUAGCAAAUUUAUAAUUGUUGGAUUAAACAAUAAAACCAUAGAAUGAAUAAGAAAUUAUAAGCAUUGCUUUAGCUAUAUACAAAACAUUUGAUUUAGAUUAAUUUGAUGUUUAAUUAUGUUAAAAGACUAUAAGAUAAAUGUAGACAACCAAAUAUCCAGUUAUAAAUUUAUGGGCUGGUUAUUGUAGUUUGGAAGUAGUAAAAUUUACUGGUAAAUUCACACCAUAAGAAUGUUCAUUCAUUUAAUUUAUUAGUGAUAUAGAAAAUGAUGAUACUUAGAUAAAAAUAAAAUUAUAAUCAUUAAAUGCUUUGGUGAUUGGAAGUGGGGGAACUGGAUGUGAAAUUAUUAGACUUUUUUCUUUAAUGGAAUGUUGUACUCAACCAAAUUCUAAAUUAACCAUAUUAGAUGAUGAUAUUGUUCGUAAAUAUACUUUAGGAACUCAUUAUUGGUUUAAGUAAAAUAUUUAUUUAUUUAUAGUUAAUAAACACUUGGUAUGUAAAAAGCUGAUGUAGCUUAAUAAUAAGCUUAAAUGCUUUGUUCUUCUAUGAAUAUUGAUGUUGAUAAAACUAAAUUUAGUGAAAAAUCUGAAAUCAUUGUUAAACAACAUGAUAUCAUUUUUUCUGCCAUAAAUAAUUAAACAUCAAGAUUAUUAAUUUAAUAAUAAGCUUAGAAACAUAAUAAGGUUUUAUUUGAUUAAAUUUUAAAUGGUUUAAAAGCUUAUACUCAAUUUGGAAAACCAAAUUAAUAAUUAUAAAUCUAGGAGACAUUAAAGAAUGUUUAUAAUGUAGAUUAAAACACUUAUAAGAAAUUUCCAUAUCUUCCAAUUCAUUGUGUUCUAUGGGCCAAAGAAGUUUUUGAUAAUAGUUUUGUUGGAUUUGUUACUGACUUUUAAAAAUUCUUAUAGGAUCGAAAUGGAUAUCUUUAAAAUUUCGAAGAAUUAGAUGUGUAUUAAAAUAAAUUAAUAAUUUUAGGGUUGAUAAUUAUCACAUUAGAGCUCAUGUUAUUAAUAGAAUAUCAAAACCAGGUUUUAAUUUGACACUUGACAAAAUUCUCAGUUUGUCAAAAGAAUUAUAUGAAUUUCACUUUGAAUUCAAAAUUAAUUAGCUUUUGAAAUAAUAUCCUGUAGAUGCAUUAGAAUGUGUAUGGACUGGAUAUAAGAAAAUACCUUAAGCAAUGAAAUUCGAUUCUAAUAAUAUGGAUCAUGUUGCUUAUAUUUAAAUUACUACACUUUUAAUAUCGAAAUUGUUCAAUAUUAAUGCUAGUGCUGUAUUCAAAUAAGAAUAUGUAAUUGAUAAAUUGUAACAAAUGACUGAAAAUUAUUGGAAUCUAACUAAUCCUUAAGUUCCCACUCCUACUGAAUAUUCAUCUCAAAAUAAACCAUAAUUUUUAAAUUUUGAUGAUGAUUAAAUAAGAGGUUUGUAUGUUAGAUGCAUUCAUAUAUUAACAAACUUAAGAUGUAGAAAUUAUAAUCUUUAACCAAUCCCAUUAUACAAAGUUCAAAAAUAUGCUUUAGAAAUGCACAGAAGUAAUCCAAUUAUGCAUUCAAUUAUUGUUGGUUGGAUGGGUAUUGAAUUAUAUAAAUAUCUCUAUGUAAAUAAUAUAUUUAUAAUAAUUCUUAGGGUAAUUGCAAAUAGAGAAAUAUGCACAUAGAUGUUAAUAGUAAUAUUUUAGAAUUCAUUUGAGAAC